UUUUUCGCCUUUUUGUUUCGCGUCUGCCUCUGUUUAUAUGGCUAAGACCCGAUGCGUUCAUCUUCAGUUCGUCCACAUCGGUCACCACGAUUGGAAAAGGGAUAACUGAGUUUAUUCCAUUGGAAAAAUAAAAACACCUAAUAUUUACUGGGGUUUUUUGUGUCAAAUAAACCAUCAAAUUCGUAGCAAAAUGACGCGUGCAGCUCUUUGCAUGGCCGUCGCUUGCAUUUUUGUGCAAUGCGUCUACUCUGCAAAGUUCGAUGAACAAAACCGUCGUCUUAUUCUCGAUAUAAACGACCAAAAGACCACGAACCGUCAAUACUAUUCGUCAAACAUUGACACAAAUGCCUAUCGAUAUGGCUACGAUGUCGGCAAGACCGGCAACUUCCAUCACGAGACCCGAGGUCCCGAUGGAGUUACCUACGGUUGCUACGGUCUGAUCGACCCCUACCACCUGCUCCGGGCAACACACUACGUGGCCGAUGCCCACGGUUACAGGACUGUGGAGCCGCAGAAGCCCGUGGAGACAUUCCCGCCACAUCUGUACAAGGAGACCGACGGUGGUCCUUCGGAGCCGGGUAUCCUGCUGCAGUGGGAGGAACUGUACUUCCCCAUCGGAUGCGGAAAGUUUGCGAAUGGCGCCCAACACGGCGUGCCGUUCUUCCUCGAAGAUUUCAAGACCAAGGGAAAUGGCAACGAUGCGAUACCAUCGUUCUCCUCAAACUCACUUGUGAUCAAGGGCUCCGACCAGAAGAGUCUGCCCAUCCACAAGCCCACCGGUCCUCUGGUGCCACAGGGCACGGGGAUCUUCGGCACCGACAAGGGUCACUCGGAUCUCAGCCAUCCCGGCGAUCAGGCACCGUCCUUCCAUUCGGUGAACACCCUGCUACCGGGCAGCAACAAUGAUGGCCAGUACGUGCCGGACACAAAUCCCUAUGUACAUGUGAUUGGACCCAAUGGCGGAAGCGGAGGCAGCGGCACCGGCGGCGGAUUCGGUGGAAACGGAGGAUUUGGAGGCGUUGGCGGUUUCGGACCCAAUGGACCGGGUGGUCCCAACGGACCGAAGGGACCGAACGGACCUCCUGGACCACCGGGACCACCCGGCGGCUUGGGUCCGAUCGGCGCGGGAGGAGGAGCCUCAGGAAAACCGGUCUACAAGGAUGGCGAUCGCACUGGCCUCGGCAGCGGUUCCGGAAUCGGGUCCGGUGAUCGCAUUUCCACCGGAAACGGUGGCGCUGUCGGUUCCGGCGAUCGUUACAUCACCGGAAACGGUGGUGGAAGUGGCGCCGGCGGUCGCUAUACCACCGGAAACGGUGGCGGCGUCGGCGGUGGCGAUCGCACGGGAACUGGCAGCGGUUUCGGAAUCGCGGCCGGUGGUCAGUACCGCCCGGGAAAUGAGGGAACCUACACCAGCACCUACACGCACACAGAGACCGGUUUUCCUGGGGCCAUUGCAUAUCAUCCAGAUAACGGUAAAUAUAACGGCAACGGCGGACAAUAUAACGGUAUUAACGAUGGUCGGUAUUAUCACGAUGAUUCGGGUAAAUAUGUUCACGUUGAAGGCCCAACUGGUCCCCCAGCACCCCCAUAUGUCCACAUUGUUGGACCCGAAGGCGGAUACGGAGGAAACGGCGGCAACGGAGACGGCGGCGGCGUAGGCCCCGGCGGCCCAGGCGGACCUAAAGGACCCGGCGGCCCCAAGGGACCCAACGGACCUCCCGGACCUCCCGGCCCACCCGGACCACCUGGACCACCCGGACCUAAGGGACCCACUAAGCCCGGCCCAUUCGGACCCCCAGGCCCACCCGGACCACCCGGACCCACUCGUCCUGGACCUUAUGGACCUCCCGGCCCACCCGGCCCAACUCGUCCCGGCCCACCAGGACCUGCUCCCAACGAUCCCCGUUACUCGGACAAGGAAACUCCUGGCUACCUGCCACCAAACCAACCGGGUAAAAUCUCGAUACCACCACACUCACAAGUCAUUAAAAUUGAAACACCCACCAAGCCAGUUUUUAAGCCGAAUUACGAACACAACAAUGAUUAUGCUAUUAAGAAAGAACCUGUAACGACAAAGCCACCACUAACCUAUAUUCCUCCUUCUUUCCCAAUCACUCCAAAACCCUAUGUUCCCGUACCCGUUCCCGUUCCCGUACCUCAACUACCGCCAUCCCAAAAAAUAACGACGACGAUCGUACAGCCAAAGGUCCCGGCUAUCACUAUUGAGAAGGAUAAGCCACAUAAGAGCGUUACUUCACCGCCAGUGACAACGGGUAAUAUUGAAAACCACACGUACUUACCGCCACCACCGCCGACUCCGAAAUACGUGACCAAGACCCCGAUUAAGACUCCGACUCCGACUCCUACCCCGAUUCCGAUCUACGAACCCUCGACACCGCGACCUUUCGAAAAGGUGGUGACCUCACCGCCGCAAAUCCAAUACCAUACGCCACAGGUGCCCACCGUGGUGGUGCCAAACAAACCCGUGACCGUUCCGUACAAACCCGUGACCGUUCCUUACAAACCCGUGACCAGACCUCCACCAAUUUACGUUGAGCCGAAAGUAACGCCACGUCCCUCUCCACCUUUGCAUGUGCCAUCGAUCAGCGAGUCCUGUGUAUGUAACGCCGAUAAGACGCACUCAUCGAAAAGCACCCUUACCUCAACCACAACCACAACCACCACGAACUCCUAUCCCAAUCCCGCCUCCGUUGACUUUAACAAACAAUUUUCCGGCUUCAAUGGACAAGCAAACUUCGGCAGCAUAAUAAACGCCAUGUCACUGACCCAACUGCCGGUGAUACCCCAAGCACCCGGACAGCCGGCCUUCUAUCCGCCGGACAAGAUCCCCAAGGGCGCUGUCAUUGCCCUGAUGCCCGUGGUGAUCCUGCCGCAGGAGUACUAUUCCAACUGCGAUGAGAAUUCCAUUAACCAACACUCGAACAUCGAUCCCUUCCCGCUGGGCGUUCAACCCUCCUUUAGCCUUCACUCGGUGCUGACUGGUUCGGCGCCCAAGGAUCAGUGCAUGUGCCCGUGCUCGUGCACCCAGAACCUGCCGGGAAGAUUACACAAGAAGCGCGAGGCCAGCGAUGCUGAGGCCCCUGCGGAGGUCAAGGUGGCUUCUGCCUCCGAGGAGGUUAAGGUACAGGUCGAACCCGUAGCCUCUCCCUCCGCGGAGGUGAAGGUCCUGGUCGAUCCCGUCCCAGCCGCCUCUGAAGAGUCCAAGGCCAAGGUCGAACCAGUCGCCACCGUUCCCGAGGAGGUUAAGGCCGAGGUUGAGCCCAAGCCAGCCGCCUCCGAAGAGGUUAAGGUAAAGGCUGAACCCAUUCCAGCUGCCUCCGCAGAAGUCAAAGUAAAGGUUGAACCCGAAGAAGAGAAAAUCCUGCCUGACCCCAAACCCGAGAUCAAAGCGACUAGCGAGACGAACUAAGAUAAGGACAAGAGAACCACCCAAAAUCCCUCCCCAGAUCCCGCUUUAAUCCCAUCCCAACCUCGAUCCUACCUCCCCAAGAAAAAAAAAACAACAACUAAACCUAGUCUAAGUGUUUUUAGUGUCUGCCAGGCAGGACCAACCAGCAUUUAAGAAGGGUAAAUCGAAUGGAGAGCCCAGUUAAUGUGUUCGCUUUCUUGUGUGUUAUUCGAAUUCUACGAUACGAUUUGGUAUAUUCAGCAGUUUUGGUAAAUGCACUCCAGACCGCCUGUCCACGAAGAGUUUCGGAGCUCUCUAUGUAAUAUCUCCUUAAAAACUAUAAAAACUAUUUGUAAUCUAAAUGUUUCCUCUGAGAGAGCACCGAGAAUUGGCAAAAAAGGAGAAAAUUGUUCUGUGACAUGUUGUUUAUUAUGCAUUUGUGUAUGCUUUUUAUUUCUUUAUGAUUUUGUUCAGUUUUAUUUCUUUAUGAUUUUGUAUCGACUUUAGUUCUUAGUUUAUUUAAUGUCUACUCUAAUAAUGAUUGAGACGGAAUAUUGAAUUGUUAUAUCAAAAGAGAAAUAUUGAAAU